GAUGCGAAUGAUGUGAAUGAUAUAAUACGACCGAUUUGAAUGAUGCGAAUGAUGCGAAUGAUACGAAUGAUACGAAUGAUACGAAUGAUACGAAUGAUACGAAUGAUACGAAGAUUUUACUCAAUAUUUCAGCAGAAAAUUAUUUAUUUAGUUAUUGUAAUUCCGUAGAAGAGUUUGAUGAUAAAUUAUGUCUAAUUGAUUAUGAAAUGAUUGGAGAAGAAAUACUACCACCUCCUCCUUACAGUGAAAAGGAUGAUGAGAAUUUAACUGCAUUAAAAGAAUCGUUGCCCUCUCCUUAUAACGAAUGUGAUAUAAGUACGUUAAAAAAUAUAUUACCACCUAAUUAUAAUAAAUUAGAUAAUAAUAUCAUAAUUAAUAUUAUCCAAAAAAAUUAUAUUAUAUAUGUACAAGAGAACAAUGUAAAAGAGAACGGUGUACAAGAGAACAAUGUUCAAGGUGACGAAUCAUCAUGGUUCAAAACUUUCAAAAAAAUCGUUAAAGAAGUAGAAAAUCUAGUUGAUAUGGCUGCUAAAGCUCAUCAAGCUGCUGUUGAUAAUGAUAAUAAAAGAAGAUUAUCUAGUAAUCCAAGUAAACCUGAAUUAUCUGAAAAAGAAAAGGAAGCUGCUGCUAUAAACGCAAGCAUGCCUAUGGAAUACAAUCAUAUGUAAAUCUAGACUUUAAGUUUAUGUAUUCAAAAAAAUUUACUAAUUUACUCGCGACACAAGAUAUAGAAAAAAUUUAUUAUUUUUUUUUUUUUGUAUCUUAUUUAUUGUAUUUAUUAAUAAAAAUUAAUGUAUUCACGC